GCACGACUGGGUGAUAUUUAUAUAAUGGGACCUGCCGUGACGGGCGUGGACAUGCUCGCGAUGCUUACACAUGGACGCCCUCCACUGACCCACGUAACGCAGCAUCAUGGCUCGCUACACCAUCGCCAAUAUCAUUGCCUCCGGGCUGGCCGUUACUGUCAAGGCCCAGAUUCCCGUCUGGGGGCAGUGUGGUGGCAACGGGUGGACCGGCGGGACCAGCUGUGUUGCGGGCGUUCAUUGCGCUUCGCAGAACCCCUGGUACUACCAAUGCCUCACAAGCACCGCACCAACAGCGCCGCCGACGCAGCCUCCUCCCAGCGUCUCAGUAACCACCACAACCGCUAGUUCGACAACCACGGCCACACAAACACUCAGCCCGGGAGAUAUGAAGUACUUUAUCACUUUCGGCGAUUCAUACUCGCAGACCGGCUUCAACCUCAGCCUGGCCAAGCCGAGCCCGCAGAACCCGCUCGGCAACCCAAACCUGCCGGGCUGGACUAGCAGCGGCGGCCUCAACUGGGUCGGCUUCCUCGCGACGCAGCUCAACGCGUCGGCGACCUACUCGUACAACCUGGCCUCGGGCGGCGCCACGACGGACCGUACCCUCGUCCAGCCCUACCAGCCGACCGUCUCGACCUUUGUCGACCAGCUCGGCCAGUUCGGCGACUCCCUCGCGGCGAGGCCGCCCUGGGCCCCCUGGACGGCCGCGAACGCGCUCGCGGGCGUGUGGAUGGGCGUCAACGACGUCGGCAACACGUUCUGGUCGCCGGGCGCGGGGGAGCUGAUGGCGCGGGCCGUGGGUCGGUACUUUGACCAGCUGCAGCUCCUGUACGACGCCGGUGUUAGGAACUUUGUAUUGCUUAGCGUUCCGCCCACGCAAAAGACGCCGCUCAUGCUCGCCAACGGCCCGGAGUCUGGCGCGCUGUUGGAAAAGACGAUCGGACUGUACAACGACCUCAUCGCCGGCAGCCUCGUCUCGUUCAAGGCCAAGAACGCGGGCGUGACCUCGUGGGUCGUCGACACGGCCGCGCCGUUCAACGAGGCCAUCAACAACCCCAAGGCCUACGGCGCCAGGGACGCCGUUUGCUUCGGCGGGGACGGCUGUCUUUGGUUCAACGACUAUCACCCAGGCGUGCAGAUCCACAAGCUUGUUGCGCAGGCGGUCGCAAAGGUGGUCGGAAAGCCAUGGUUUACUUUGUAG